CAGUAAACGGAAGCGUCGUUUGUACUUCUUCCCGUUGUAUGUUUAUGUAAAAGUGGCACAUUUUCUGACACAGUCCUAAGUGUUUUGUUAUUCUUUUGAGACAUGGACAUCCUGAAAGCUGAGAUUGCGAGGAAACGAAAGCUCAUAGAGGAGAAAGAGCUCAUAGAUGACUCAAAGAAAUACUUUAAACGGGCUGAACUCGCGCGCAAAGAAGAGGAGGAUUAUUACAGGAGAUGUGGAUACAAGGUUUCUAAUGAGCAGCCUGUGAGACAGAUGGACAAACCCGACGAGGAGGCGCCUCCUUCUACAUCAGCCAAUCCGGUGUUAGAACUAGAGCUCACGGAGGAGAAGCUGCCAAUGACGCUAUCUCGACAGGAGGUGAUCAGACGUCUGAGGGAACGUGGCGAGCCCAUCCGUCUGUUUGGAGAAUCCGAUUACGAUGCUUUCCAGAGACUCCGCAAGAUUGAAAUUCUGGCACCUGAAGUAAACAAGGGUUUGAGGAAUGACCUCAAGGCUGCUAUGGAUAAGAUCGAUCAGCAGUAUCUGAAUGAGAUUGUGGGUGGAGCAGAGGUCGCAGAACUGGACACACAACACGAUCUCAAAGUGCAUGAAGAAAAUACCACUAUUGAGGAGCUGGAGGCUCUGGGGGCAUCUCUUGGCACUGGUAAUGACGUCAGAGACAUGGACAUCAUAAAUAAAGUACUCAGGUUCUUGCUGGGUGUGUGGGCUAAAGAUCUGAACAGCCGAGAAGACCACAUAAAGCGUAGUGUUCAGGGAAAACUCGCCAGUGCCACCCAAAAACAGACUGAAUCAUAUCUAGAACCUCUUUUCAGAAAACUGCGCAAGAAGAAUUUACCAGCAGAUAUUAAGGAGUCCAUCACAGACAUCAUAAAGUUCAUGCUGGAGAGGGAAUAUGUUAAGGCGAAUGAUGCCUACCUGCAGAUGGCUAUAGGAAACGCUCCAUGGCCCAUCGGUGUAACCAUGGUGGGUAUCCAUGCUCGUACUGGACGUGAGAAGAUCUUUUCCAAACACGUCGCCCAUGUGCUCAAUGACGAGACCCAGAGGAAGUACAUUCAGGGGCUGAAAAGAUUAAUGACAAUCUGUCAGAAACAUUUCCCAACAGACCCCUCAAAGUGUGUGGAGUACAACGCUCUGUGACAAAGUAUUCGGAGACAUGUUGUCCUGCCAUGUUGUACAAUGUUAGACUCUCUCUUAUUCUCUCAAUUUGUAGAUAACUUCUUGACUGUAAAUAUUCCUCACAUUUAAGAAUAUGCAUCUGCAGUGUGUGUGUGUGUGUGUUUUGUUUUUUAAAUAAAAGCUGACAUUAAUGUA